AUGAGCUCCCCAAGGCCUCGACGGGCGACGCUCAAGGCCUGCGCACGGUGUCAUCGGAGGAAGCAAAGAUGCGUUGGCUAUCCCGCAUGUGCCAAUUGCCGGACGGCAAACAUUCCAUGCAGUCGGGACUCAACGCCGCUCAUGCGCCGCUUGUCUGCGUUAUCAAAGGAGGAGCUGAUCAAAAAGAUUGAGGAUAUUCACAGCCAAGUACCAGAGUUAAAUGCGGAUGAAGGGGACAACAGGCAGAGGCACUUUUCGAUUGAACCAAUCGAUGGCCGACCAUCUCCAUCAGCCUCCUCAGACAGUAACGCGAACCCUCAGAGGUGGAGAGUGCAACAUCCUCAGCCAUGCGGAGGACUUUAUGACCCUGCUCAGACUCCUGAAGCACUAUCUUCCGGCAUUUCGACGAUAGCCACGCAUUUUGCAGUGAACAGCGCGCUACAACCCUCAUGGCCUAAUGAAGUGCCUUCGCGCGGGUCUUGUCUUGAUGACGGCAUUGGCAAGAGUGCCGUCAACGAGAGGCAACUGUUGACCACGUUCCUAGAGAACUUGCAUCGUCGGCUACCGUUUUGUGACUAUCUCGGCAUUUUAGAGACUUUGCAACAUGGAGUUGAAUCCCCGUUUACCGAAAACACAAAACCGAUGCACUCUUUUCGAUUGCACAUGGCUUGUGCAAUUGGUGCGCGAGUACAACAACUGACGGGCUCGUCACAUCCUUUACAGCCCGAAACUUACAUUUCCAGAGCAUUAGAAACUGAGGGAUAUCUGGAUAACAAGAACGCUAUCGAGAUGACUGAGCGACUACUGUGGCAUAUCAUGUACAAGCUGCGCUCGUCAUUCACCUCGGAUAUAUGGUACUCGACUGGUCUCGCCAUGCGCACUGCAAUCGAUGCUGGAAUGCACCGAAACCAGCAUUAUCAGACCCUUCCUUCGGAGGAGGCAGACUUGCGUCGAAGGCUAUUCUGGUCCGUCUACGUCAUUGAGAGGAGUGUGGCCUGGCACCUCAAGAGGCCAGUUAGCCUGUCAGAUCUUGAUAUUGACGUGGAGCUUCCUGCACCAGGUGCAUUUUCUACAUUUCUUGAUAGUGAGAGCGGUACUCAUCUUGAAUAUGGCGCAUCUCGACCAUUGGAUCUUCGGGUCUUUAUUGCUAUUGUUCGCCUGUCACGAAUCAAUUCUCAGGCUUAUGGUCGUCUUCAUGGGACAAACCUGUCUUACGCAGCCCAGGAAUAUGCCAUAUCUCUGCUUGGGAAAAUACGGCAGCUAGAGGCUUCGAUUUCGGAUUGCGACGAGCUCGACCGCGAAUUCCUACGACUGCAUAUAGAAACUGCUGCUAUGAAGAUGACGGAGCCAUUCUUGUCCACUCAAAUACUUUGUGACGAUAUGAAAACAGCUUGUCUGCAAGCAGCAGGAGGUGUGUGUAAAUCAUUCAAGCGGCAAAGGCUCGAGCGACGCCUUGGGUACUCUUUCACCAUGGUCAAUACUGUCUUCACUGCUGGAGUGACCAUAUGCUAUAUCAUCUUCAAGAACCCAGGCCUUUGGACGCCAGCGCGAGCUAACGAAAUGCGCGUCUGUUCUUCUGCACUUUUUGCAGCAGCAGCGCGAAACAGUGCCGUGGAUAAGUACUGCGAAGUUCUCGAGACAAUAAUAGAAGCCGUGACCGAGCAUGUAGCACAAGUCGAGUCUGCAGCCGUUUCGAGUGCGCUGGACAUUGAGGUGCAGUCUUGCAGCAGCCAGCCAUUAGUGCAGGCCAUUUUUGACCAGCUAGCUGGCACGAUUGAAGGCAAAGGGUUUGAGUUUCCGUCUCAAUCGUAUCCAAGCUACUGUAACGGAACUACUUCUACCCCUCAAGCCACCUCAGUACCAGACUGGUCCAUAAUUGGCGACAACAUGCUAGAUGUGGGCUCUCUAGAUGUUACAAUAUGGGAUGGAAUGAGCCCCCAAGAUCCACUGAGCGAGUUCAAUUUGUAG